CCAUUCGGAGCAGCUCCGAGCACGCAACAUCCCUGUCCCAUUCAUAGAUGCAGAACGAUCAGCAACCGAUUUUAGUUUUUAUUGUAACACCAGACCAACGCAGGUCAUCUUCUCUUCCUGGUUCGACCUCUGUGCACUCUCGUCGUUCGUUACUCGACUUCCUCUAUUUUCCUGACGGUGUUCGUACGAACAUGUGCGUUGAAAUUUGAACGAGUAAAAUUGUAUCACUGCAAGAAAAAGAAGAUUUAUAGAUUCUGAUUUGCGAGUUAUGAAUACAGUGAAUAGUUUCCUCAGGGAGUUCUCAAGAUGAAGAUAUUUUUCACAGUGCCACUUCUUCUAUUGGUCUUUCUCGCGCAUUGUGCCGUUUCUAGUUUGCCUUCGAAGAGCAGAUGUCCUAUAGUGAGGCUCGCAAACGGGAGAGUUCGGCAAAGGGUCAAAGGAAGGGUGAUCAGAUUUAAUUGUUACGAGGGUUUCACCCUCGUCGGUAACAAGUAUGCCACUUGUAUUCGAGGCCAAUGGGAUACACCUACGCCUGUAUGCGUCAACGCAGAGUGUCCCGUGCCAGCGAUGCCAGAGCACGCGUUGAUGGCUACGAAAUAUAAUGGAGCGAUAUUGUUGUAUUUCUGCGAACCCGGGUACGCGUUAAUUGGCGCACCCGAGAUAUAUUGCGACGGGAGGCAAUGGAACACCACCGUGCCUCAUUGUCGAGACACUAACGCGGCACCGCCGGCGCAGUGCGAUUUUGAGAAACCGGAUAUUUGCUGGUGGGAACAGGAUCCUCAUCACGAUUUCGACUGGCAGCGGCACAAUUUCGGGACUCCGAGUUAUCACAUCGGCACUGGUCCGACUCACGAUCACACGUUGGGCGCCGGGAACGAAGGCUAUUAUUUGUACAUCGAAGCAUCCGGUCGGUUAGAAAACGACACGGCGAGAAUUAUUUCACCUAUUUAUAACUCGUCGUACACAGAUUCCGGCUGUUUCUCAUUCUGGUAUCACAUGUAUGGAGCAACAGUGGGGACUCUGAACGUAUAUUUUAAGAAAGAAAAGGAUUUGCUACCAAGGCUUAUGUUCAGUAAGGAGGGUGACCAGGGGAACCAGUGGCUGCAGGGUUUUUUCAACCUGCCUAAAGCCGACAAAGGUUUUCAGAUCAUAAUCGAGGGUAUACGAGGCAGGAGUUACGUGAGCGACAUCGCCGUCGACGACGUGGCCAUUUUACAAGGCGACAAGUGUCGAAACUUGAGUGAAACUGAGAACGAAGGCGUCACCGAGAGCGACUAUGAUCAAAUCGAACUGGUGAACGCGCAGCAAAGUUGCCGUGGAAGAUGUAAAAAUAGUGUGACAUAUAGUUUUACAACGUCGGUGCCGCCCACGCCAUCCGAGGCCUGUCUUUGCACCCUCGAUUGCGCCGAACACUCGAUCUGCUGUCCGGAUUACGCCGAGUACUGCGUACUAUCAUAUACCGAAGAGUGGACAGAGGCAGCAUCGCAAACGACGGUGCUCACCCGUGUUUCGGUUCCGACGGCGAGGAACGUGACGGCAAGUGACGUGGCAACUGUCAGGACUGGUUUCUCGAUGAACCCGAAGGAUGACAUCGACCCGGUCACGUUGAGGCCGGCAACGACGAGCACCACCACGCUGGGAUCCGUUACGAACAUUACAGCCACGCUGCGACCUAUCGCGAAUGUUACAACCAUCACGUCGAGACCCGUUGUCACCACGAGGAGAACUCAGUUGCCAACGAAGAGCACCAGACGCAUCGGAACGAGCACUGUUCCAACGAAGGAGACGCCGUUCGUACGACCGACCACAACCACCGUCAGAUACGAGCCAGUGGUCGGACAACCCGAUUCCGAAGCAAGUAGACAGGAUCCGAAGAAGGUGCAUCGCGCUUCGCCGCAUUUCAGUUUGCUGAGUAUCAUCGCGAUGGUAGUUGCCAUGCUAGCAGGUGUAUCAGUCUCGACGUGGAUCGCGAUCGUCGUUCUACGGAAAAGGAAGACUUACAAACGGAGAGCGAACGGAUCGGCGCUCUCGGAAGACAGUGACGUACGAUUCUUGACGUCCGACGAAAUUUUAGAUUUCACGUUGGCCAGACCAAGUGAAAACGACGAGACGUAAGGAAGUCAGUUCUAUUAUUUAAACCCUUUUACGACGACUCGUAAAACUAUUUGACCAUAAGUAGAUGUUGCGCGCGUUGCAUACGAAAUUCCUAACGAUACAUAAGUACAGUUUCGACUUUAGAAGAUAAAUAAGAAAACAUAUAGCAAGUAAUUACCUACAACGUACUGUAUAUAGUGUCUAAUAUCUUUCUAUGUUUGAAAACUUGUGUAAACCUCGUGUAUGUACUCGAAUAAAUAUGAACUCUAUUUAAUUAUUA